GUCAAGAGUUCUCCCGAUUCACGGCGCCCCGUUCCAUCGCCGCUGCUCCGUCAACGCCAUGGUGGAGAAACGGACUCAUCCUCUCUCAUCUGGCGCGCCCACCCCAGCGGAGGAGCUCCCAACGGCGAACACUCCCAGAGCGGCUGCGAAGCAUCCAUACCUAAAGGUGCGAUUCCUGGCGAUUUUCUCUGAUCUGAUUUUCAGAAGUUUUCAAUCUGAGGAGAUUACUGAGGAAUCUCCAGAAAUGGCCAUCUUGAAGAUCCUAGACGAGUUCCUAGCAAAGAUAAAAUCAAAUGACACUAGACUUACAAUGAAAGAAUUAGAAGUGACAUUGAAUAAUUUCAAGGAUUUAAAGAAAAUCCUCCUAGAGAAGAUCGAGGAGAUCGAGAGAGGUAACCUAGCCAAGAGAUGGAGUGUACUUGCUGUGAUGAUUUACAAUUCGAUCAUCACCAUCAUUACUCUUUGGUGGUGAUAGAAUACGGUGUGUCACAGUCGCAGGGUUUAUGAACGCGUCUCUGAAGAGUUUUACUGUCUCAGGUAGGUUCAUCGUGUUGAUUGAUGGUCGGGAUGAGAUUGUUUGACUGCUCAAGCUGAAAAUAGUUUUAGUCCUUGGUAAACUGUAAACAUAAACACUAGUACUUGAAUUUUCAGAUAAUUUCCCUCAUUAUGCACAACGCUAAUACUCAAAUA